AUGACCACCCCAUCCGCGCCGCCGCCCUGCGCGCACCUCGCCGCGCACCGGCUAACCUCGCGCCCGCUCCGCUUCCUCCGGCGGUGCCUGCGCGUGCGCCCGCUGGGCCGGCCCGAGAUCCGCCGCGACGCGCGCGAGGUGCCCCGAUGCUCCCCCUGCCCGGCCUCUUCCCAGCCCCCGCCCCGCCUCUACGCCUGCCUCACCUGCGCCACCGUCUUCUGCCCCUCGCACGCCGCCUCCCACGCCGCGUCCGCGCCCGCCCCGGGCCACCAGAUCGCCGUCGACGUCGACCGCGCCGAGCUCUUCUGCGCCGCCUGCGGGGACCAGGUCUACGACCCAGACUUCGACCACGCCGUCGUCCUCGCCCAGUCCACGGCGCUCCACCCCCCGUCCGCCUCCGCCUCGCCACCGUCCGCGUCCGCAUCCCCCGCCGCGCCCCGCAAGCGCCGGCGCGUCGACUACCGCGCCUGGGCGCCAGAUCCGGCCGAGGUCGCGCUCGUGCGAUCCGCCGAUCCCACCACCUCCGCGUCCGCCGCCGAGCCGGCGGGCCUGCGCGGGCUCAACAACCUCGGCAACACCUGCUUCAUGAACUCCGUGCUGCAGGCGCUCCUCCACGCGCCGCCGCUCCGGAACUACUUCCUCGGGGAUCGCCACAACCGCUUCCUCUGCCCGCGCCGCACGCCCAUGAGGCACCGUACCACGGAUGCCGAGGCCAAGGCCGCGUGCCUCGCGUGCGAUCUCGACGAGAUCUACUCUGCCACCUUCUCGGGGGAGCGCACGCCAUACAGCCCCGCCAAGUUCCUCUAUAGCUGGUGGCAGCAUGCAACAAACCUUGCAAGCUACGAGCAACAGGACGCACAUGAAUUUUUUAUCUCCAUCCUUGACCAUAUUCAUGAAAAUAUAAAGGAUGAUCAGCCUAAAUCACAUGAACAAGGCGAUGGAGACUGUUGCAUUGCACACCGGGUGUUUUCUGGUAUCCUGAGAUCAGACGUCAUCUGCACAAAUUGUGGGUUCUCAUCCACAACGUUCGAACCUUGCAUGGACGUCUCUUUAGACUUGGAUUCUGGGCAUAACAAUUGUCUUGGUGUUGCAAACCCAAAGCCGCAUGCGCGCAACGGCAUGAGUUCCAAGGUAUCUACACUCAUGAGAUGUUUGGAGCGGUUUACCAGGGCUGAGAGGUUAGAUGCUGAACAGAAGUACUUCUGUGAACGUUGCAAGGAGAGGCAAGUCUCCCUGAAGCAAAUGUCCAUUCGGAGGCUUCCGUUAGUUUCUUGCUUUCACAUCAAGAGAUUUGAGCAUUCAACAGUUAAGAAGAUGUCAAGGAAGGUUGACCACUCUUUGCAGUUCCCUUUUUCUCUUGACAUGACACCUUACCUGUCAUCCUCCAUUCUCAGAAGUAGAUAUGGGAACCGCAUAUUCCCAUCAGAAGCAUGUGAUUCAGAUGCAGUUUCUGAACUGCCUUCAGAAUUCGAGAUAUUUGCGGUGAUCACACAUAGCGGUAAACUAGAUGCAGGCCACUAUGUGACAUAUCUGAGGUUAAACAAUCAGUGGUACAGAUGUGAUGAUGCAUGGGUAACCAGAGUUGAUGAGCAUACUGUCAGAAGUUCUCAGGCUUAUAUGCUCUUCUAUGUGCAGAAGACGCUUUACUAUAAAGCUUGUGAAAGAGCCGCUGCAGUCUGAAUGAUUUGGAAACAAAUGUCGAUGGCCUUGUUCUUCACCACCAGGAAAUACAGUCAUCAUCUCGUGCAACAUGGUUUCACCCAGAGAGAAACGGCUGGCGUUUUUAAUAUCCCAGCCACCAAGGCAGAUGGUCAAGUUUUGUGUUCUCAUUGACCCCUGUAGAUUCAACCGGAGUUAUUUUUUUGGCGAUAUUUCAACAACCAGCCAUCCAAAGGGAAGGUGAUCACAUUUAUGUGUUGGGUUAUCUUGUUAUCCUGAUCAACGGAUUUAUUGUGUGUGCUUUUUGUUGAACUGAAAGCACUUCAGUAAUUAAUUCAUACUACCAUUGGUGGUGAUGGUGAUGGUGGUCCGAAGUGCAAUACUAUGUAGAAGUGAGAGAAAAGGGAACCGAACUUUUUGAUGUGUUCCUUUCAGUAAUUGAAUACCAUGUCUACUGAAGCUAGACUGCCUUGGCCCUUGA